GUCGCUUUGGAAACAUCACCUCCUAAGGGCACAGGAGCAGGCGAUGCCCAAAUGUGGGAAGCCAAGCAGGCGAGGCAGAAGGCUGGCUUGCCUGGACAGGCAUCUUCUCUGGGAAAGAGGAUGGAAAAGGAAGCUGUGUGCCCCGUGGAAUCCAGGUCAGGAGAAGAAUACGCAGAUGCUUCUAGCCACUGUAGGGAGAAAUUUGGUGUGGCGAAAGCUGGUGUGGUGGAGAGGAAGGUGGCCAGAAAUGUGGGGCACAAUAAAAAGAGGGGUUUUAAAUACAUUAGUGGAAAGAAAAACCAUUGUAGAAAUAACAUUGUCCCCUUCCAGGAUGUGGAUGGUCACCUCACAAACAAGGACAGAGACGCGGCAAAGCUGUUUAAGGUGCAUUCUUUGGUUUAAGGUGCCUCUGUCCUCAACGCUCAUCCCUCCCUUCCCAGUGGAAAACACUGCACUGGCGUACCAAGGGACACUGCAAAGUCCUUGAAGAGGGCAAGCCCUGCUCAGCAGAAACCAAACCACCCCUGUUUGAUGCACAGCAUUCCCAUCCAAACCCAACACGUGCCAGCUAUUGGGAAGAAAGAAAGCGAAUCCCAGUCCAAGGCAGAGCAGUGGGAGCACAAUGAGCGCUCCUCGGCGAAUCCCGAUUUAUUUAGAGCAGAGGCGCAGCAGAAGUCAGUGAGCUGCUAACAAGAAACUCUUGGUGCCCUCGACAGCCAGUUCAGGAGAGCUCCCCAGAGACAGAGGAACUGCAGCUCCCUUUGUCUCUGGAGGAUCUUCUCAGGCACAGAGUACGGGUGUUUCCAGCUGGUAACGCUGAAACGUCCUGGGAGCCGUGGGCUUGACGCUGCUGGCAGCAGCACUCUUCCUGACGUGCCGCUGGCUCCAGGGAAGGAUUCCUUGCAACAGGCUGAGCUCCCUUUCUUCCUUCCCUGGCCAUGUCCACCUUCAGCCAUUUGGCGGUUCUGCUGAUCCCUGAGGCGGGCUGGGCUGUGAUGCCACAAAGGGGCUGAGCGCUGGCGUCAGGCAGGGCUGUGAUGACGUCCCAGGGCUGUGCUGGCCGCAGCACUGUGACAUCACCGGGCCGGCGCUAUAUAAGACGGGCCAGCGCCCGCAGCUGCCAGUGCAGUCGCGAUGGGACGUGCCGGAGCCAUGGGUGACGGUGGAGUCCUGAUGACUGCGCUUGUCCUGCUGCUGGCCGCUGUGGCUGUCUGGUGGGCCUUUGGCCACUGGCGACCACGGAGCUGGCGGAGAGCGGCAGCGAAGAGGACAGCGAAGAGGAGCAAGCGCCCCGGGUUCCGGCCCAGAGGCUCACGGAGGACGCGAGGAGCCCUUGCGGCUCCCAGGUUCCCCAGGCCUCGCGCGACUCCUCGCAAGCGGCCAGGUGCUCCCGCGAGCCCCCUGGGCAGCCCCUGCAGCUGCGGCCCCUGCGUGGCAGUGGCCCAGGAGCUGCAGGAACUGAUGCUGCUGCUCUGGGAUGGCAACGGGACACGGGCGCCGCUCUACUCUGGGAUGUGGCAGGCGUUGUGGAAAGAACUGGAGGAGCUGCUGCAGCGAGGCCACCUGCCCUGCUGUGGCUUGUCCAGCUCCUCCAGAAGCCUCCAUCCCUUCAAGAGGCUGCUCCCAGCAAGAUUCUCCAUCCCUGGGAGAGCCUCAAGGCCUGCAAGGAUGGCACAGCAGGGGGGAGCCGCCAUCCAUGCAGGAACCUCAGGCUGUCAGAGCCCCUGCAUCCUGCCAGGAGCCUCUGCAAUCUCUGACAGCCUCCAUCCCUCGCAGAGGCUCAGUGAGACCUGUCAGCCUGCAGAAGGUGCAGAGCCCGUGGACAGGUCUCCCAGCUCCCUUGGACUCACGGACUUCAACAACACGGGCUCAAUCCUGACCAUUGACGUGGCAGGGGAAAGCCCAGAAGUCCAAAUGGGAGCCCAGCCCGAUGCAGGGGAGCCGUCUCAGGAGCAGCUGGUGGAGCAGCAAGCGUCCUGGAGCCGGCAGUGGUCAUCCCACAGCGGCCAGGAGGCUGUGCCGGUUGUGCCAGCUGGCGACGGCCCGAGCCUGGUGGUGGAGAUGAGCCUCCAGACACCAAGGAGGUUCCUCCAUCUCCAGGAAGCUGCCCCAAGAGAGCCCUCGACUGCCAGGAAGGGCUUUCUAAUAGCAGCUGCUCCUGGGACGCCCCUAUGCGAAGCCUCGGGCUGUAGCCCCGGCCCUCGUCAAGAGCAGAGUCCAGCCCACGACGCCGGGGACAGCGACGGUGCCGCCCUGCCCCGCUGCACUGGGGCUCCUGCAGCCGCCUGUGCGCGCGGCCCUGGCCCAGCUCUGCCGCUCGCCGGCCCGUCGGCCGCCGGGCGGCGGCCACUGCCCGGCGCGCAGCAGGAAGCAGGGCAAAAGAAGCAGCUGCAGGAGCUGUACCAGCUGGGCCCGCAGCUGGGCAGCGGUGGCUUCGGCACCGUUUUCUCGGGCAUCCGCCUCUCCGAUGGGAGCCCGGUGGCCAUCAAACGUGUGGCCCGGGAGAGCGUCCUGCAGUGGGUCGAGUUGGUGAGUGAGCGGGGCCAGCGGGACAGAGCGGUGCGGGGUGGGCAGGGAGAGUCCCGGGGCGCCGAUUGGGAGUGGGAGGCGGCGGACGGCGGGGGCAGCGUGGGAGCCGCGGCAUCGCGGGCCUGGGCAUGCCAAACGCCAGCGGUGGGGCCGGGCAGGGGGCACCCCCAAGCAUCCCUUGGGCAGGAGGAAGCCCAAGCACCCUGGAGGCUGCGCAAGGGGGCACUGGGGCAUCCCAGGCAGGGCGCGGCGCGGCGCAGCCUCAGGGCAGCACCAGACCCGCUGGGGGCACUGAUUUUCUCCUCCUCACAGCCCGACGGCACCUGCGUGCCCAUGGAGAUUGUGCUCAUGGAGAAGGUGGGCUCUGACUGCCACAACAUCAUCCAGCUCCUCGACUGGUUUGAGCUGCCUGACAGCUUUGUGCUGGUGAUGGAGCGUCCGGAGGCAUCGCAGGAUCUCCUGCAGUUCCUGCAGGAGCACGAGUUCCUGUGCGAGGGGAUGGCGCGCUGGCUUUUCUACCAGGUGCUGGAGGCCGUGCGGCACUGCACCGCCUGCGGCGUCCUGCACCGGGACAUCAAGCCGGAGAACCUCCUCGUGGCCCCGGAGAGUGGCGACCUGAAGCUCAUCGACUUCGGUUGCGGCACCUUCCUCCAGGAGCAGGCCUUCACGCGGUUUGCCGGAACGCACGCGUACAGCCCGCCCGAGUGGAUCUGCCUUGGCUGCUACCACGGCCAUGGGGCGACCGUCUGGUCCCUGGGCGUGCUGCUGUACGUCAUGGUCUGCGGGAGCCUCCCCUUCAGGGACGACCAUGACAUCGUGCUGGGGCAGCUCUUCUUCUGGCAGCAGGUCUCUCCAGAGUGCCAACAUCUGAUCCAGUGGUGUUUGGCCAAGCACCCUGAGGACAGGCCAGAGCUGGAGGAGAUCUUGCGCCACCCUUGGGUGCAGGGCAGGCGUUUUUGAUGCCUUGCCGGAGCCUCUGCAGCACCCACUUACCGAGUCCCACGCAGGACUGAGGACCCCACAAAUAAAACAACAAACCCAA